AGUUUCUACGUUAAGUGGUUCGAGCUGAAUUUAGCGCAGAAAAAGGUAAAAAGAAUAAGGAGAAUAAGACAAUACAGGGCAUUUCAUGCACUGUAAUAAUUUGUAAUUAACUCUUCAUUAGUGUGAAGGCAUGGGGGACGAAACUGUUCCUGUGUCUGGUGGUUUUGGUGUACAGUGUUCUCUAGCGCCUACCAGAUGAUUUUAACCAGAUUACAUUUACACCUGUUGUUAUUUUUGGGUCUCCAGUGUCCACAUUGUAAAUGUGGUGUAUUCAGGUGUGAAAGACCCAUAGUGACAGCGCGGCAAGAGUUGUCCUAGAGGCGGGUCGACCGAGCCCCUGGGGAAUGGGAGGAGGUUGUGGCUGCACGUGUUUGUUGUAGCAACAGUUGUAUGGUUACCACUGGGAGAGUAGAAAGUAUCCUCACACGAAGGGGAUUUUCACUAGCCCAUUGAGGUGAACACAGGGCUGGUUCCAUUGUGCUGAAGUCAACUUCGGAAAGGCAGAUAUUUGGCUGCUGAAAAGGUACUCUAAUAAAUUCAUUUUCAGUUCAACAUCUCCAGCGUUUGAGGAACAUUGAUGGACACCCCUCUGCAUAAAAACGUUUGGAAUGGUGAAAUGUCCCCGCAGAGCCUGUCACCUGCAGGAUGCUCUUCACCUGUUUCUGAUCUGACUCUCCUGUUCUACAGUCUUCACUGCCAGGAAACGAAUACUCCAUGGAGAUAUCUCAAGCCGACGCCAGAGUCACAUUCCCCCCCGGGAGCACAGCGCACACACAAAAGACCGCCUCAGUUGGAGACGCCAACAGUGAGGAAUUCCAUCAAACAUGCAGCGAGCAGAGAGAGGUUGUCACCUGGAUACUCGGCUCCAAAACUGAAGUGUGUGCGCGUGAAGCUGUCCUCCCGUUUUCCAAACCCAGUGAAUCGAGGGGUCUCUUUGGCCAAGGAACAGUGCAAUACCUCACCAGCAGAGGUCACACUCUCCCAAGAGAAUGAAGAGACGAUGGAGACAGAGGAUGACAUGGCUUUUCUCUCCCUGAGCAGACUCAGGUCCAGACACCAUCCAAACCAGACUCAGAUUCUAGAACCAUGGGCAGAAAACCACCUCAUAGGAGACUUCAGCAAGAUGCACGUUCUUCCCAUCAAACAAGUGGAUCAAGAUCUUUAUUGUGUGUCAGCCAAUACAGUGUCUUCGUUGUUGAAUGGAGAGUUUAAGUCAACAGUGGAGGAUUUCCUCGUCAUUGAUUGCCGCUACCCUUAUGAAUAUCUUGGAGGUCACAUUAAGGGUGCGGUGAACCUCCACACAGAAGCUCAGGUCCAAAAGGCUUUUCAUCACGGUCUGGCCCUCCGUCCCCUCUCCCCCUCAGCAGAGCCCGAGUCCAUGUCCCCACACGUGGGCUCUGUCUUUGGUGUGCCGUGUGUGUCGUCCAGCGGUGAGGAGCCGAGCUCCAGCUCUCCAAAGACACUGCCAGUACCUAUACCACCGCGGCAGAGCCAAUCACCAAGAAAGCUUCUGAUAUUUCACUGUGAAUUGUCUUCAGAAAGAGGACCACGACUAUGCAAAUACUUGAGAAGACUGGACCGGAACCUCCAUUCAGGUGUAUAUCCCCAUCUCUACCACCCUGAGGUGUAUCUCUUACACGGGGGCUACAAACACUUCUUCUUGUGCUUUCCGGACCUGUGUGAGCCCAGGGGGUACGUACCAAUGCGCCAUCUUGACUUCAGGGAGCAACUGAAAGGAUUCAGACAGAAGAGGAGAACCGCUAGGCAACGUCAAAGACUGCUCUUCAAGCCUCAUGAAAGCACCUACAGCACCUGA